UUAUAAAACUUCCUUAUAAUUGAAAAAAAAUGUUUUUAAUUGCUAUUUUAUCAAUUUUAUUAUUUAAUUUCAAAACUGUGAAAUCUGUCGAUAAUGAACGGCAUUGUAAUUUUUCUAGAUAUAUGUUGAACUAUUUUAAACUUAAUGAGCAUUAUUUGUUACAAAUGUUUACAAAUUUUGAAAUGUAUACCGAAGAAGAUUUAAAAAAAUAUGGGCGAGCUUUUCAAACUCAUGGCGAUGUCGUAUUGUUGAUGAUUGAAGAUCUACACAAAAUUAAUAAAAAUUAUGUUGCAUUUGACUUAAUGAUGGUCAAUUUAUACUUAAACAAUAAUUCUGGUUCGAUAAAUGUAAUGUAUAAAUAUCAGGCAAGUAAUAAUAUUGAUAAAAAUAAAGUGUUUCUUGGUAUACAAGGUUUAAGAUUACAAAAUUAUUCUAUGAUGAAAACAUUGACACAUUUUAUAGAUAGUUUUUGUGUUAAAAUACCAAUACCGUAUUUUGUUGAGUAUCCUAAUGAGUACAUAACUCAACAAUUAAAUAUUGACAUAUUAGUCAAUAUUACUGAAUAUUUUAAAAAAAAAAUAAUUAAAGAAAUAGAUCCUUACAUAAUUGAAAAAAGCAAUAUGACAAUAUUUCAUCCAAAAAAUCAGUUAUUUUAUAAUAUUAUGAUUAACCAAUCAGAUAAGAAUUUAGCAAAAGGUACUGAAUUAAGACAACACCAACAAUUUGUUGAUGGUAAACCAAAAUACAUUUUAGACCUUCUUCGAUUUGCUCCUCUUAAUAUACAGUGUGCCGACAAAUCUGACUUGACUAUAACUGAUGUAUUUCGUUUUGUGAAAUAUCAUUAUUUAUACGUUGAUGUAAGAACAUUCCAAAAAAUUUCAUAUAUAGCUACUUUUUAUCCUGUUGGAAUGCUUGUAGCUAACUACCUAUAUUUUAUAUGUAAAAUGAUUGAAACUGGUCUAAACCCCAAAAAUUACAUAAAGAAUGACAAAUUAUACACAGAAGUUUUGGGUGAAAAAAUUUAAAUGAUUUUACUACAGUUUAUUGAUUUAAAUAUUUUUAUUGGAUACGAAAAUGGUUUUCUUGUAUCUAUAAAAAAUAGUUUCCAUAUGUGUUUAUCUUUGAUUCGUAGCAUGCGACUUAAAGUAGUAGAUUUACCACAUAAAAUGUUGAACAAAUUAGAACUAUUCAUGAAUAAUAAUUUAUUAAAGUUUAAUAUAGAAUUAGAAACAAACUUUACGAAAGAAAAUGUAAUGCAUAUACAUGACAUAAUAUUUGAAAAAGGAAAUCAAGUUGAACUUUAUCUCCAAGAACUCCAUAAAUAUGGAAAUUCAUUACAUUCGAUUUUUGUUACGCAAUGUUUAGAAAAUAUUAAAGUUAAAGUCAAUAAAAAGUUUUUACCACAAAAUUUAAUUGAUCAUUUAUGUUCAGAUAAUCCAAUAGAUUAUUCUAACAGUACUAAAGAUAAAUGCGUUAUUAACGAUGACAAUAGUGAAUUAAGUGUUCAUGAUCUUGGAAAUAAUGAUGGUUUGGAUGAAUUUAAAACUACAAAUAUAGAAAAGUUCAGAAACCCUGUCUGCAAAGGCAAAAAAAAUGAAAGUUUGAAUGAAUUAAUUGACAUGAAGGAUUUGCCGAAACACAUGGUGGAUUAUUUCAUUUGUCCUUAAUAAAAAAUUAUAUAUUUAAAUAAUAAAACACUAAUAUAAUACGUUAUUACGUUACUUUAUAUAUUUUAAUAAAAUAAUUUGUAUAAAUUCGGUGAUAAAUUCUAAGGAACUAUGUACGUAAUACUAAUUAGAGUAAAAUGGGAAAUUUUCAGUAACUCCUAUUUCCUUCAUUAUCUCUAAUUAGUAGUUCUAUGAUUUAUAAGUGUAAUAUUUGAUUAAAUAUCUAUUAAAGAAAUUAAAUACAGUAUGAAAUUAAUAUUUAAUAAUUUAGUUUUGUAAAUUUUACGGAUAAUUUAUAAAAUAAAAAAAUAAAAAAAACCGUAGCACAGAGGGGUCGCAGCACAGUAUAGACGUGGCAUAGUUGAUACAAGUAUAGAUGAUAUCUAACAGUGAUUAAAAUCACUAUCAUAAGAAACGCUUCAAUCCAAAUCUGUAGAUAGUGUUUAAUUUUAAGAAAUUGGUAGAUUAUAAUAAAAGCAACAAUAAAUCUUGUUUUCAUAAUUUCAUCCCAAUUAGUUAUUUGAUUUAU